UUUGCUCGUUUGUAUAGAAGGGGGGUUCUGGGUUUUGAAAGAUAAAUGUAGGCAGGAACUAUGUUAUUAUUUGUGUUUGUUGUCUUUGUGAGUGUUUUGAACGUUGUUGAGUGCUGUUGAUAAAUGUGAUAGUUGAAAUACGAUUUGGUUGAUUUUGAAAAGUUCAGAAAUCGGACUGUCAGUUGCAGUCAUCAGUGGAUAGAAAGCGCUUAAUUGCAUUAUUAAAGGUAGAAGGCUGUGACAACAAGAUGCCUCUUAUUGAAGGUGUCGGAGAUGAGGUGAUACAGUUCUUCUCGGUGCUGAUUGCUGUGAUUGUCGCGGUGGUGGCCUGGCGAUCCACAGGAAUCUCUGACAGACCUAUCUUCCGUACGGUGCGGAACCGCACCUAUAUGGUGCUGAUACUGGAACGUCGCAGCCGCCUCAGACAAGCUCUGGGGGAACUCCCACCUCCCAGUGCCACCGUAGGGGCCAAUUCGUCUGUAGAGAGUGACGAUACAGGGCAAACGGACGUCACCGUUGACGCGGCGGACGAUGGCUCUCCGGCAGAAGAGACGACAGCUGACGACACUCUUGCAGUUGCCGAGGCAGAAGCAGGAGGUGACACAGAGAGCGCCUCCGUGGACGACAAAGAGCCCGAUUCGGAGGGCACUGGUUCGCCAAACACUUUGAGGAGAAGGAGACUGGCGUUCUUCCAAAGUCGUCAGGUGACUCUUUUAGAGCCAAAUGCAACGUCUGAUGUUGUUGUGGAAGCUAGUGCUCCACCUGCAGAGGAAGCCAGCUCUGCAGCAGAAGAUGCCGGAGACUGCAUACGUAUCAGACUGAAGUACCUCAACGACGAUCAGAAACUCGUCGAUGGCAAGCUGAAUGAGCGGUUGGGGGAGUUUAAAAGGAGGCACUUCGCUUCUGAGCUGUCGGCAGACAAACUGGUGCGGCUGAUUUUCAACGGGCAGGUGCUGGGCAGUGACUCGGAGACCCUGCGACAGCUGGGCCUGUUCGACAACUGCGUUGUGCACUGCCUGGUGCACACGCCGCGCCCAGGAAGCACAGGUGUGGGGUCAUCUUCUCAACUGCACUCGCAGCAGUCGAGUCUCCGGGGCAGCCUCACACUGGGGGGCGGUGACGCUGGUGUGGGCGGAGCGGCGGGGACAGAAGGUGGACGUGAGUGGGACCUGGGCAAUGUGCUGUUCGCAUCUCUCAGCCUGGCGCUGGGGGUGGCCUGGUACUGCCGCCUGCAGUACGCCCAGCUGUUCAGCGUCACAACGACCGUCGCACUCGUCGGGCUCACUGGGGUUGUCGCCUUCACUGUGCUAGGCACCUACAUCCCGGACCAGGAUGUCGUGCGCCAGUAAGGGGAGGAAGUGCGCAGUGCGGGCGUACUUUCCUACCGUCUGUCCCUCGUGACUCGAAAGUCACCGAGUGGAAAAUUUUAAACUGUUAUCAGAAACAUGCGUACUGUAUCUUCCAUCCGAGAUGCGUGAAGGUAAAUACUUGUCAAGGAGAAGGGUAACUAUAUGGAUUACCCACUUCUUUUUGUUCAUAAAGUAAGAAACAAUUAUAUCUCUGUUCUUCAGAGAUUUUUUUUCUAAAUGUCGGCCAGGUUUGCUAACAAUCUGACAGAGCGAUUUCGUCAUCUUACAGUCACAAAGAACUUUCCACUGAUGUGUGAGAGAAUAUGAUGUACAGGCAGACAAAAAUUGUGUGCUGAGUAUGCGUUUGAACCAGGAUCGCUCUCCUUGUCUUGUCACUUUUCUAAUCACUAUUAUGGCUACGGUUUCUGUCACUUUUGGUGCUGUAGAUUUCCAUAUUCUUUGCAGGUUGCACCUGUGAGGAAGGAUGUUUGUUGUUAGAAGGUAUAUCAUGGGAGACUAAAUUUGUGCUGGUAAUUGUAAGACUGAAAAGGAUAAUUUUCUGACAGUAAGGGGCAAUUGAUAAAUACAGUUCCUCUCCUCUCCCUCCCACUCCCUUUACAGGCUGUAUGAUAUUUCCACAUAUUUUAUUUUGUAUGCAUUGCUUGUCAGGGAAGGUUUAUUCAGUGCCAUCUAGUAGUGAAGGGCUUCACGUGCAGCAUUGUUGUAAUGGAAAAGGUUGCAAGGAAACACAGUUGCAUUGGGCAUAAGUUGGGUGAAAUUAAGGAUUCUGCAAUGUCUGUGUAUGAUAUCGGUACUUUACACAUCAGAGCACAAGUAGUUGGUUUCUAGUGUGGCUCAAAGCUUUCAGUCUCCCAUGAUGAUUGAUUUUUCAUACUCAGCAGUGUAAAAUUGUGUUUGGAAAUGACUGUCAGACUAUGACAAGCCACUGGUACAUUACUGGAGAGAAUUAAUUCUGACUGUGUUACCCAAAAGGAAAAUUUGAUGUAUACAGCACGAGUUUCAAAACAGUUUUUUCCCCCCUCCCCCAGCCUGGUUUCCUUGUUUCCUGUUUGUUUCAUUCUCAUUUCUGCU